AUGUUGCAAUUGCAGGUUGAAAAGUUGCCUACUGCUGCUGACAUGAUGUUGAGCCUCAAGGAGCUCUUUGGUGAGACAGAUAGGGCUGCUAGAUUUGAGGCAAUGAGGAAGAUUAUGACUUCCUCCAUGCCAGAGGGAACUUCUGUGCGUGAGCAUGUUCUCAAGAUGAUGGAAAAUCUGAAUGAGAUAGAGCUGCUCGGGGGUCAAAUCGAUGCUGACACCAAGAUCGAUAUGAUCCUGCACUCACUCCCUAAGUCCUACGAGAAUUUCCGUCUCAACACAAUCCUGACCAAGAAGGACUAUACUUUAGCCGAGCUUCUUGUGGAUUUGGUUGCAGCGGAGGGACUCAUGGGUAGGACUCCACAGGCGCUGUUUUCUGCGCAGUCUGGACCUUCUUCGUCGAAAGGCGGGAAGAAGAAAAAGCCUGCCAAGAAAAAGGGUGCUGCAAAUAGUGGGAGCAAGUCGGUCGCGCCUUCUGGUGGCGACAUUGGAAAGCUGAUUGUCCCCUUCUGA